CUUCAACCCUUUCGUUUUCCCUCUCCCCUCAAAAGCCCUAGCCCUAGGAAUGGCGGACUCCGAUCUAGACGUCGAAUCAAAUCACCGAACGAAAUCAGAAAGGAGAAGAAAGAACAAGAGAUCCCUCAACGUCGAGACGUCAUAUCUCGCCGACAAUCCGGACCGAAUCGCCCCCGUCGUCGGCUACUUUUCCUCAGGCUACAACCCCUGCGAUUCUCAAGAACCCCCUGAGGUUAGGGUACUUAGGAACAGGAAUCAUCGAUCGAGCCGAUUGGACCUCGUCGUGAAGCCCAAGGAGUCAAGUGUUGAGUUUGUGGGCAGGAGUUACGAAGGAGAAGCUGCAGUUCAUCAGCCGUGUCAUUAUGCGCUUGGGAUUCUUGAUAAGGACUCUCAGACCCUAAAAGUUGUCCCAAUUGCUGCUAACAAGAUAUUUAGGUUGGAACCAAGAGUAAUGAAGAGCCCAUCUGUUGAAGAGGCUUCUGAAGUGUUAGAGGGGAGAGUUGAUGAUGGAAACACAAGGCGGAAGAUUUCAGAUCUCACAAGUCUUUAUGGAACUAAGAAGCAAAGGAACAUGGACAAAAAAUUGAGAUUGCUGGCACAACAAACAAAUGAUCCCUCAGCUCGAGAAAAUCUUCCAGAUGAAAUGCUUAAUGUUGACAUGAAUGAUGAGGCACUUAAAGACACCAAAGCAACCAUUGGUCCAAAUAUUCCACCUCAUGAUCUUUCUGCUGUGACUCCUGAGAAAGCAUAUCUGUUGGAUGAGAUUAUUCAAAAAGGAGAACGGGAUUAUCUCUUCGACAUUCUAGACCUUUUGAAUUCUGGCAUUGGUGAAAAACCCAAGUACUGGGAAGAAAAUUAUUAUCCAAGUUUUGUUGUCAAUCGGAUUCCCAAGCUAAAGGAGGUUCAGAACGAGGAAGAAAAGAAGAAACUGGCUUUUAUAUUGUCAUACAUAACUCAUCUUGUCAACUUCUGGAAAUUAGCAGCAUCUAAUCGUCGUUCCAAAUCUCAAAGUAGUAUUUCCGGUGAUGCUAUAAACAAGUACAAAAUUCCUCGCAUCGUCUAUCAGAAAUUUGAGCAAUUGUUUAUCGAUCCAGCAUCAAAAGUGCUAUCAUCAUAUAAGAAGGAACUCGUCAUCGGCUACAUCUUAGUGCUCACACUCUUUGCAGACAAGUUUUCAAGCAGCCCAUCUGACAUUUCAAAGGAUUUGGGGAUGUCUGUUUCAGAUUUGAGGUUAUACUACACGCAGUUGGGGUGUAAACUGUCAAACAAAGCCAGGUUCGGAGAAGUAUUCUGGACCCUUCCUGUUCCUCUCAAGUCUGCUGAUAUGAAGAAAAGGAGAAAAAGGAAGGCAUAAUUUAGUUAAGCAUGUUCGUUUUACUUCCUAAGACCCUUGUCUGUGAUUUUGGUGUAGACUAUAUAUAUUGGCUAUCUUUUUGUUUAUUUAUAUUUUUUUGUUUCCA